CGAGGGGAGAAAGGGGCUCGAACAUGGCUCUUCUUCUGUACUGUGCUCUUAUCUGCCUCUUCUCCGUUUCUGCUCUCCUCCUCACGAGUGCUCACCCAGAUGUUGGAAGCCUAACAACUGUUUCCCAAGCUCAGGUGGGCGCAGGAGGCGUCGGCGGGGAGGCGUCGGGAGCUGAGCGGCGGUGGCGGUGGAAGAGGCGGAUGGCCGGGAUCGUAUCCUCCGCUGUGCGCGGCCAAGUGCGGCGACUGCACGCCGUGCAACCCGGUCCACGUGGCGGUGCCUCCGGGCAGGGCGGUGGUCGCGGAGUACUACCCGGAGGCCUGGCGGUGCAAGUGCGGCAACAAGCUCUACAUGCCCUGACCAUCCGCCCGAGUCCCUGCCAGCUUCCCUCGUUUGCACACCAACCGUUCGACGAGUGGUUUAUGAGAAGGAUUACUACCUUGCAACGUAGCACAUGAAGCUACUCAUUCAUGCACCUGCUUCAUGAACAAGACGAAGACCGCUGGAGCGACUCCGACUCCACCGUAUUCUUUCGCUCAUGGCUUGCAACAUUUCAGGUCAAAGAUGCGAUGUUGUGUCACCAUGGACCAACCAUGCGAAAGAACAUGUCAAAACAGAGAAGCUUGUAUCUUCUUUGCCGGACAUCGAUGACAGCAUAAUUGUGAUAUCAUGAUAUUGUUAUCGACCAGAAAUUGAGCUAAAUAUCCUCCUCCUGAGGUUUGGAUCUUACUCAUUUGUUCCUGAUGUAUUACCAACUGAGACAAGCGAGCACAGUAUGUCUUCUCAUGUUCAUGAUGUUUCUUGUGGCCACUCUGGUUCCUUCCAUGGCCAGGGCUCAUGCAGUGUACAUUAAACUUGAGUUGAAGAGAAGGGCUCAUGCAAAGCCUCUGGUAUUCAUAUCAACA